CCGGGAGCCCGCGCGCCGAGCGAGCGAGCGAGCGAGCCCGGAGCUGGCGGCUGGAGCGGGGUGUGGCGGACAACCCCGAGAGGAGAGGGAGAGCUGCCCGAGCCUGUUGCAUCUCGCCCGAAACCUUCACUUUGUAACAAUCAAAUGAGAAGUUUCUGCUGAGACGUCGGCUGGUUCUUUUUCACCUCUUGGAGGUUGGAAUCUGAAUUAAAGAAGAACUUUUCAAACACAUCUAAAACGAAUUUAUCCCUUCCUAACUGGCCAUGGGUUGCACCAUCAGCGCCGAGGACAAGGCAGCCGCGGAGCGCUCAAAAAUGAUUGAUAAAAAUCUGCGGGAGGACGGCGAGAAAGCGGCCCGGGAGGUGAAGUUGCUGCUGCUGGGUGCUGGCGAAUCAGGAAAAAGCACAAUCGUGAAACAGAUGAAGAUUAUUCAUGAAGAUGGAUACUCAGAAGAAGAAUGCAGGCAGUACAAAGCUGUGGUGUAUAGUAAUACCAUCCAGUCUAUAAUGGCCAUCAUCAAAGCUAUGGGAAACCUGAAGAUUGAUUUUGGAGAGCCCAGCAGAGCCGAUGAUGCUCGCCAAUUGUUUGCGUUGUCUGGGACUGCUGAGGAGCAAGGCAUCUUGCCCGAAGACCUGGCAAAUGUGAUCAGGAGGCUUUGGGGCGAUGCUGGAGUUCAAGCUUGUUUUGGCCGAUCCAGAGAAUACCAACUUAAUGACUCUGCUGCAUAUUAUCUGAAUGAUCUUGAAAGGAUAGCAAGAUCUGAUUACAUCCCCACCCAGCAGGAUGUACUGCGGACCAGAGUCAAGACCACAGGCAUCGUAGAGACCCAUUUUACUUUUAAGGACCUACAUUUCAAGAUGUUUGAUGUUGGAGGACAAAGAUCUGAGAGAAAGAAGUGGAUCCAUUGCUUUGAAGGUGUCACUGCUAUCAUUUUCUGUGUCGCUCUUAGUGCUUAUGACUUGGUUCUUGCUGAGGAUGAGGAAAUGAACCGCAUGCAUGAGAGCAUGAAACUGUUCGACAGUAUUUGCAACAACAAGUGGUUCACCGAAACUUCAAUUAUUCUCUUCCUCAACAAGAAGGAUCUCUUUGAAGAGAAGAUCACCAAGAGUGCUUUGACUAUCUGUUUCCCUGAAUAUACAGGAGCAAAUGAGUAUGAUGCAGCUGCUGGCUACAUUCAGACCAAAUUUGAAGACCUUAAUAAGCGGAAGGACACCAAGGAAAUCUACACACACUUCACAUGUGCCACCGACACAAAGAACGUGCAGUUUGUAUUUGAUGCAGUCACUGAUGUCAUCAUCAAGAACAACCUGAAGGAUUGUGGCCUCUUCUAAGAAGUGAAGAUGAAGUUACUUGAACUGCUUGGUAUGGAGGAUCCCAGAGGAAGGACUGCAUCAAUUAAAAUCAGCUUUCUGCUUUUAACAGCUUUUUACCAGAGACUUAAGACCAUAAAUGCAUCACAAACUUCAGUCUUUCUAUCCCCUGAUAAUGCAAAAUUUGUACUAUUUAAUUAAUUUUAUUUUUACAAAAAAGCUUUGUUUUGAAGUUAUCACCCAUAUGCUUGUAGAAUUAGCAAAAUGUUGUUAGUGCUGGCAAAACUCACCAUAAUUCAGUUAUGUGGGGCAUGAUAAGCCAUAUUUCUAGAUGUGCAUUUUAGUUGUUUAGAGCAUGUGAGAAAUUAAGUCUGAUUCCUUUACAAGCAUAAAGCAGUGGCUUAACAAAAUGAGAUGGCCAUUAUGUCAAACCACUUGUGUCCUUGUUAACAAAAAAAGUUCUUUUAUAUGUGAGAAAGUUGGUUUGUCCAAGUAAGUUGCAUGUAAAUCAUAGAUGGCUCCUGAUUCUCAAUGUUUGCACAACUAGCAUUCUUUACGUAAGAAUUUUAAGUGUUAAAGUGGUGGCUUGAAAAUGGCUUUAUUAGCUACAAAGCUGCAAAUUCAUUUAACAUAUAUUUAAAAUGUAAGUAACCCUCAAUGUACUGAUAUGAAUUUUGCUGCAGUAAGUUUUGUGCCUUGAAUAUAACUUUGUUUACAGGUGUAACUGAGUUCUGCUUAAUUUUAUUAUUUUUAUUAUUUCUUGCCCCAUGAAAAUUGUGAUGGGAGUGAUUUUAUUUUAAUUGGCUUGACUAAAUGAGGAAGAACUGGCUAGCUGGUUGUUUAUUCACUUUAUACAUGGAAAAAUUGAGUCUCAAAUUAAGUUACUGUUUGCACCAUUAAUUCCAAUCAGGGCUUGUCUCUUGGUCUGGAUUUUAAAUUUCUUCUGUAUUUUUUAAUGGUGAACUCUUCUCUAAAUCCCAUUCCUCAAAAAAAAAAGUCUCCCUCCCCAAAUCACCCAAAUGUAUGGUCAAUUCAUUUCUAAGCCACCAUCCUGUUUUCAUACACAUCCAUUGAUAUGGGUGGUAUUAGCGUCUUGAUGAACUCCCUGGAUCUUCAACCCCAAUUCAGGCAUGUAUGGAAUGGACUUUUCUGUUCCCUUGACCAAACCUGUCUUUUCCCCACCUUGAGUGUUAGGACUGGUGGAUUCAGUAUCAUAUUGCAGCCUUUCUGAAUGAAUAGUGUAACCAAUUGAAGAUAGUUAGGUGUUGAGGCCACAUAACACUAUGGAUGUCAAUGAAGAGCCCUGCAUUUCUGCUUUCUGGCCAGCACUCAACUGUCUAAAGAACCUUUGACAUCUAAUUGCUAAAGUCAUCUAUGAUAGUCAUCCCAUUAUCUCUCUCAGGAAGGUCAAGAUACACACAUAAAUAUGAUCCACAAGCCUUUAUCACAAGUAGAUCAAUAACUGUUACCAGAAUCAUUGCUGAUUUUUCAUUCACGUUGAUAAUACAGAUUUAUGUUAUUUGCUGUAACUUGUGUAACUCAAAGGGUGCACUCCUAUUUUCAACAGAACUUGCUCACAGAUUUCAACUUCCAUUCAUUAAACUUUCUUGUCCAGUUGAGCACUUUUAUAUUGCUUGCAGCAGCCUAGUUCCAGAGAGCCAGUGUCAGCUGAUGUAAUUGUCAGUAUUCUGAAAUAAUAAGUAAUUAGGGUUAAACUGCAUAAACUGUGGUGAUGCUCAGUGCCUGAAACAUUGAAGCUCCCCAAUAGCCUUUUACUUGACCGUUUGUCUUACCAGUUUUCAGCUUGUGUUCUCUUAGCUCAUUUUUUUUAAAUAAGAAUUCUGCAGAUAGAUAAAUGUUUUAAUGGUCUUCUGUAUGCUUUGAUGCUUCAUAGCAGUUAACUUCCAUUCCAUUUCUUACCCAGUGCAAAUGUGUCUAUCAAGUUGUAAGUGCUAAUACUGGAAUGUGUCUCUAAAGUUAUAAGUACCUAUACUGGGCUUUGUAACAUUUCAGCAUGGUUUCUCAGGCAAGUCCUCCUCUGCAGACUUCUGACUAUUUAUUCCUUAUUAGUUACAAACGAACGUUAAAUGUUUCACUUUUGUGAGUUUAGAAGAGGGGUUUGUUUUGAUUUCACUUGGAUGUAAUUAAGGUUUUAAGAUUUUAAGAUUGCAUUUUAUUGUGUCUUGUGUAACUAAUAAAAUUAAGUUUAAUGUACAUUCACCCGUUUAAGCACAAUAUUGGGACUGGUUGAUGGUUUUAAGAAUCCCAGAUGAUAAGUCUAACGUGGCAGCACUUUUAACAUUCCAGAUACUAACUAAAUCUUUCUAUUGUUUAAAAAUUGAAAAUUUCAGUUUACUUCUGAGUGUAUACCACCAUUACAGUCUAAUUGGUGAAAUAAUUUCCUGUCAUAGUAAUUAGAUGGUGCAGUUUGAGCAGCUAAUAAAAGGAGUCUGAUUGAAUCCUGGUAUCAGUAUCUUGAUUGGAUGGAGGAAAUGCAACACUGGUGUCUGGGAUGUUAGCUGGUUUUCGAUAAUAUAAUUUUAAUAAGUGAUGCAGUUUUAAAUAUGAAAGAAUUGAUUUUUAUUCCAACAUGUAAUUCUUGACUGUGCAAAAAGAUCUUUUAAAGCUGUCUGUGGCCUUCAUUUCACUUGUGCAUUUUUUAAAAUGAAGUAAUUCUUAGCUUGCAUUAUAAAGUAGAUCCAGUAGGAAUUGUUCAGUAAUAGAAUUAUAAUAGAGCCUUUGUAUUCUGAGACUUGAGCUUAAGUUCAUGAAGGAAAGUUAAAACAUUUCAUGUUUUUUUUUUAUUGGCCAAGCUAUUUGUGAUCUCGGGUUGUGUUUAUGGCAUGCAACCAGGUUUCCUAAGGGUAAAGUUAAACUUGGGCACAGGGCAGGCUGGGUUUGGGCAGGGUGGGCCAGUGGUUGCAAUUUGACAAUAUUUGACUAUUUUUUGUCAUCAUUUAAUGUUACUUACAAACACACACCCACACUUAUGUUUAGUUUGUAAAGAGGCCAAAUGUAUUGCGACCACAUACGUUUCUUACAGUAUGUUACCUGGUGUAAAAAUAAAAGACCAAAUUAAUAAAGUACUUUUUAGAAGGA